AUGAGAGUCCUCAGAGCAGCAACCCCCAUGCUCCGCAAUGCGUCCCUGCGGACCUCGCCGCUGAUGCGAGCCCCGGCCCGGCGCUUCUUCAACAGCGAAACAGCACCCGUCAUAUUUACAGCCCACGCAAAGGUCACCGGUGCCCGGUCAGGCCACAUCGAGGGUGACGACCUAUCACUCGAUCUAGCCCUACCCAAAGUGUUCGGCGGGAAAUCCACACCAGGAAAGACAAAUCCGGAAGAGCUAUUUGCCGCGGGCUACGGCGCGUGCUUCCAGUCAGCAAUGAAUGGGUCGGCGGCCAUGUUGAAAAUCAGAAUGCCAUCGAAGCCGGAGGAUAGUGUUGUGGAGACGGCAGUACAUUUAGUUGGGAAUGUUGCCAAGAUGGAUAUGGGUAUUCGGGUAGACAUGAAGGUCAAGGUCAAGGGAUUGACCAGGGAGGAGGUUGAGAAGGUGGUCGCGAAGGCAAAGGAAACCUGUCCUUAUUCGAGGGCAACACAGGGAAAUGUAUUUACUACUGUUGAGAUUGUGGAUGCUUGA